AUGGCACCGCAACAUGGAGUUGAAGAAAGACCUCCAAUCUUCUGUCCCAGUAUGGAUUCGCCUAAAGAGCAUUCCCUUCGCAUAUCGGUCUGCAUAAGUGAGAUUGCUAGUGUAGUAGGUAGGCCUAUAUAUGUUGACCAUUUGACUAAGAAAAUGAAGCUCCUAUCAUUUGCUAGAGUUUGUGUGGAAAUCUCUGCAAAAUUGGAAAGGUGCGAAGAGAUUGAAGUAUGGGUGAAUGAUGAGGCAUUCUCGAUUCCGGUCCUCUAUGAAUGGAGACCAAAUUCGUGCAUGAAAUGCUGUGCAUUUGGCCAUAACUGUUUGGCGAAGGAGAGUCCCAAACAACCCCAUGUAUCUACUAUGCCCUCCACUGUUGCUGCUAAGCCUAUUACUCCUGUGAAUGAGGAGUCAGAAGAUCAACUUAAUGGCUGGAAACAGGUAUCAAAUAGGAAGAAAAAGCAACAUUCGGGACAAAAUGAAAAGGGGGAGAUCACUCCUCCAAUCUCGGCUUUGAAAGCCAAGUCAACAGCUGAUUUACCCCCAUUCCCUUCGGCAACUGAAGUUCAGAAUAACCAAAGUAGGUUGGAAUUUGGAAAUGCGGAACCUUCGAUGGCUCUAGUGGUGUCGAACACUGGAAAUGCCGUGACUAUGGCCCCUUCUUCAAAGGAAGAUUCAGAUGAGGAAGUGAGUGUGGUUAGCAGUAGCAAUGAUGAGGAAGAGGAUCUGGUCUCUGCUGAGCCAAACUAA